ACUGCACGAAUGGACUUCCUGGCGAGCGGUGGACCCGCACACGCGCACGCACACGCCCAUCAGGCAUAAAUGAGGCGGGCGGGCACGAGGGUGUCACACGCCGCCGCGGCCACGGAGAGAAAGUUGACGAUGUCUCCGCGCAGAAGCCUCUUCACGCCUUUCAUCUCUGAACUGCACGCGGCCCAUCGCCCGAGCGACGUGCGCGCCAGGGCCCAGGACGAGCCGGGCCCUCCCGCCUGGGUUCCUUGCUCCAUCGCGCAGCUUCGGCUCGGCCCCGAGGCGGGCGCGCUCCUCCGCGUCUCUGCGCCGCCUGACGCGCGCGCCGCGGAGCGCGCCCAGAGGCGGAGGCGCUUGGCCGCCAACGCCCGCGAGAGGCGGCGCAUGCUCGGCCUCAACGUGGCCUUCGACCGGCUGCGCAGCGUCAUCCCGCAGCUGCAAAGCGACAAGAAGUUGUCCAAGUCCGAGACGCUGCAGAUGGCGCAGAUCUACAUCGCCACGCUCAGCGAGUUGCUGCACGGCGCGUCGGAGGAGGAGGACGAGGGCGACGGGGACGCUGCGCCUCCCCUGGAAAAGGGACCCAGGCGAGCGGUCACCAAAUUCUGUGAGGACCACACACACAACACGCCGCCCAGCCUGAAGUGACUUUUGGACUUCUCUUACUGCUGCUGUAUUUCUUUUGUCAACUUCUGGGAGUUCAUUUUGUUCUUCGAAGACCUGCUUGGUUCCCACGUCGCGCAGAUCCUAAAACGGACGAGCCCACUGAGCAGUGACGCUCAUCAACGUGCCUCAAGUCUUUCUUGCAAUUACUGUAAAGGUUUUUUCUUUUUUAAUUGAAAUGCGCUCAUCCAUACGUAAUUGGUUCUUUGAUUUACGAGAAACAAACAUUUUUUAAAAAGUGAGUGGUGUCUUGGAAUACAAAAGGAAUGCAAAUUAAUUAUUAGUUUCAUAAUU